UUUUUUCAAUUCGUGUAACCUGACAAUCGUUCGAUGACCAUGAUUUCGUUGAUGAAAUAGCUAAAUGAAUAAAUAAACAUGCGAAAUAUUACAUUUCUCUGCAAUUUAACGGCGUUAAAUGUAUUUUUGUUCUGUUGUCUUAUGUUCACAUAUUCGCACGAGACUUCAACAACUGAAGAUUUUGGUGUUACCACGCCAAACAUUGCCUCAACAGAAAAUCUGACAACUCCUGGCCAAGCCAUUAACACAACUGUCAAUGUGUCCAUAACUACGACUACAGUCAAACCCCAUGAGAGCACACCAGAUAACCCUUGCCCAGAUGGAGUGGUCUGCGAUAAUCUGGGGGCACCUUGCAUUGUGUGCCAAUUGAACUAUUAUUGCACGUAUGGCGAUGUUCUGACAGCCAAUUGCUCAGCCAAAGACCAUGUGAAAUGCAGUGGCAGUCGAACAUUCCAGCGUCCCUACCACUGCAGAUACGCAUAUCAGUUAGAUAAAGAUCUCUAUAGAUGCAAUAUGUUUCGAGCAACAACCUGCAAAAUGAAGCAGGCUCCUCCCCAGACAUACCUAGCUGCAUGCACAGUCAAUGAAGACACAGUCUGUCUAGGUAAUAGGACAUUUUACAAAAACUUCCAGUGCAAUUGGACCAGUGGGUACAAGUGGUCUACAGCUUUAGUGUUAAGCGUCACCCUGGGUGGAUUUGGUGUAGACAGAUUCUACCUGGGACUGUGGAGGGAAGGCAUUGGCAAGCUGUUCAGCUUUGGAGGUCUGGGUGUGUGGACCAUUGUGGAUGUCAUUCUCAUAGCAGUGGGAUAUGUGGGACCCCACGAUGACUCUCUAUAUGUCUACCCUUGGAACUGAGAAGAAAUGAGUGCUCAGAAUGACUGUAGUUUUAAGUCAGCUAACUCAGUUGGUCAAGUGACUAUAGUUAUAAGUCAGCUAACUCAGUUGGUCAAGUGACUAUAGUUUUAAGUCAUCUAAGUCAGUUGGUCAAGUGACUAUAGUUUUAAGUCAGCUUACUCAGUUGGUAAAGUGACUAUAGUUUUAAGUCAGCUAACUCAGUUGGUUAAGUGUCUAUAGUUUUAAGUCAGCUAAAUCAGUUGGUAAAGUGACUAUUAUUUUCAAGUCAGCUAUCUCAGUUGGUAAAGUGACUGUAGUUUUUUAGUCAGCUAACUCAGUUGGUAAAAUGACUAUAGUUUUUAGUCAGCUAAUUCAGUUGGUAAAUUGACUAUAGUUUUUAGUCAGCUAACUCAGUUGGUAAAAUGACUAUAGUUUUUUAGUCAGCUUACUCAGUUGGUAAAAUGACUUUAGUUUUUUAGUCAGCUAGCUCAGUUGGUAGAAUUCUGCAUUAGAAAUCAGAGGAUGACUGGUGCAUGAAAUUAUUUCAAUUGUCAUUGUCCCCCACCUCUGAUUCAAGUAGGAAAGUUGUCAGUUUUCCGGCAUAAAUAUGUUCCUAUGUACCAGCUUGCCCAGGAAGAAUGUGAGUAGGUUACCUGACUGCUAUGAUAGGACAGAAAUACUUUUCAAGUUUGAAUACCGGUAGCAUUAAAAUACAAACUUAUUAAAACUGAUUAUUUGCCUCUAAGUUGUUCAUGCAUUUUAUUUUGUUCCAAAUAGUUCAUCCUCUUGAUUGAUCUUCAAUUACUGCAGUUUUGAAAGUCUUUUAACUUCCAUUGUUGCAUUUUUUGAAGUCCAAUAACCAAAACUGGGAGUAAAUUAUUCACAAAUGUGAUAAGAUGUAAGCCCUGAUAACAGUAAAGCAAGUGUUAUAUAGACAGGUUUAAAUUAAGUAAUUUUGGAUAGGCUACUUAACUUUUUAUGCCCCUGAAGGAGGGCAUAUAGUGAUCGCACUGUCCGUCCGUCUGUCUGUCUGUCACACUUGGCGUUUAGGUUUUGAAAAAUGCUCAUAACUUCUAUGUCGCUUCAGAUGUUACCUUCAUAUUUGGUAUGCAUGUGUAUAUGGACAAGUCCUUUCCAUACGCACACAAAUUUUGACCCCUGUGACCUUGAAAUUAAGGUCCGCGUUUAGGUUUCGAAAUCUGCAUUAAGGUUUCGAAAAAUGCUCAUAACUUCUAUCAAAGCGUUUAUAGGGGCAUAUGUCAUCCUAUGGUGACAGCUCUUGUUUGAAAAUAUUUAGAAGUACAAAUGAUUAGAUGUAUGACUUUUUUAAUACAUGUAUAUUAUUAUGUUGACUUAACUUUGUUGAUAUUUAAUUUUGCAAGUUUUUCGAUGUAAUAAAAUAUUAUGUUAAGAA